AUGUCCCCCUCUGCCGUCGAAACGGCCGACAUGUCUCCGCCGGGCGACGCAUUGAACUUUUUAAAGGAGAACGCCAAAACUGCCCAGAACGGCACUGUCCACGAACCUCGACCAGCGCAGCCAGACCAGCCUGGCGUUGCGAGAACGACGCCCCACGAAGAAUACCAAUACCUCGACCUGAUCAGGGACAUUCUGUCCCGCGGCGAACAUCGACCAGAUCGAACAGGGACGGGCACGUUAUCACUAUUCGCACCCCCUCAACUGCGGUUCAGUCUCUCGAAGACCGCUGAUGCCACCUCACCCGCCGCCGAGCGAAUACCCGUGCUACCUCUUCUCACCACAAAGCGCGUCUUCCUGCGGGCCGUCACCACAGAGCUCCUCUGGUUCGUGUCGGGCUGCACGACCUCCAAACCGCUCUCAGACGCGGGCAUCCACAUCUGGGACGGCAAUGGGUCGCGCGAGUUUCUCGACAAGUUGGGCUUCACGGAACGCGAGGAAGGCGAUCUCGGCCCCGUGUAUGGCUUUCAGUGGCGCCAUUUCGGCGCGGAAUACAAGGACUGGCGGACAGAUUACACGGGCCAGGGCGUGGACCAGAUCAAGGAGAUCGUGCGCAAGUUGAAGACAAACCCCUACGACAGGCGGAUCAUCCUCAGCGCGUGGAACGUGGCGGACUUGUCCAAGAUGGCGCUGCCGCCGUGCCACAUGUUUGCGCAGUUCUACGUCAGUUACCCUGAUGCGGCGCGAGGGGAGGCCGCCUUGCAACGGGUGCAGAGUGGAUGCGCGAAUGGAGUCGAACAACAGCAGCAGACGUCCAAAGGCCAUCUCUCCUGCGUCCUAUACCAGCGGUCCUGCGAUAUGGGGCUCGGCGUGCCCUUCAAUAUCGCCUCCUACGCACUGCUGACGCAUAUGCUGGCUCAUGCGUGCGAUUUGGUGCCCGGCGAGCUGAUCCACACGAUGGGCGACGCGCACGUCUACCUCGACCACAUCGAUGCCUUGAAGGAGCAACUGCUCCGCGAGCCGCGGGAGUUUCCGACGCUGAAUAUCAAGCGGGAUGAUCGGGGCAGUGGUGAAAUGGACGGCUGGAAGGUCGAGGAGCUCGAGGUCGUGGGGUAUAAGCCUCAUGGCGGAAUCAAGAUGAAGAUGAGUGUAUGA